GUAAGGAUAUUAGUCAAGGCAUCAAAGCUAGAAAUCAGGAGAUUAUGGCUGCGAACUCAAAGCCUCAACCUUACUUAGCUGCUAUCAAGUUCUGGGCAGCCGUGGCCUUGAUCUUGGUAACCCUAUUCUGGGUCUGGGGGCUGCAGCUGGCAACACUAGUCAACGAUGAAAAUACCUUGUCAAAGUCUUCAUUUUAUGAUGCAUUGCCACCAGAAAGGGUUUAUAAGAACAAUGGAUACCUAAUCGUUAUAGCCAAUGGAGGAUUGAAUCAACGACGACUUGCUAUUGCAGACAUGGUUGUCGUUGCAAGGUAUAUGAAUGUCACCCUUAUUGUUCCUCUAUUUGAUAAUGGAACUUACUGGAAUGAUAAUAGCACAUUUGCAGAUAUAUUUGACCUGAAUCAUUUCAUUACAUCUCUAAGAGAUGAGGUUCGCAUAUUAGAGGAGCUUCCUUCAGAGCUAAAGAGAAGAGAGGAGUCAGAGUCAUAUUAUUCUAUGGUUCCAAUAAGUUUUGCCAGCUUGAGAUAUUACUAUGAAAGGGCUCUUCUUCGCAUACAAAGGCAUGGAAUUUUGCAAUUCCCACUAACUGACGCUAGGCUAGCCAACAAUGGGCUACCAGAUGAAGUCCAAAAGCUUCGAUGUAGAGUAAAUUAUGAAGCAUUGAGAUUCACUCAGCCAAUUGAGGAAACUGGUAGAAAAAUUGUUAGUCUCCUGAGGCAGAAGGGUCCAUUCUUGGUUCUUCAUCUUAGGUAUGAAAAAGACAUGGUGGCAUUUACAGGUUGUAUUCAAGGUUUAACCAAGCAAGAGAUUAAAGAGGUAACUGAAAUGAGGUACUCUUAUGAUGGUUGGAAGCAUAAACCAAUAGAUGCUAGAAGGAGGAGAGAACGUGGUUAUUGCCCUUUAACUCCUGAGGAAACUGUUCUUAUAUUGCAAGCAUUAGGUAUUGAUAGAAAUACCACAAUCUAUAUUGCUGCUGGAAAAAUAUACAAUGAAGAAAAGAGAAUGGCAAACCUACUAAUGGCUUAUCCAAAUAUAGUGAGGAAAGAGCUUGUAUUGGAACCCCGGGAGCUUAGGCCCUUCUUAAAUCAUUCAGAUAAAAUGGCAGCAUUGGAUUACAUUGUUGCAAUUGAAAGUGAUAUUUUCAUUCCUACAUACGGAGGAAACAUGGCCAGAGCCGUUGAAGGCCAUCGUAGAUACAUGGGAUUCAAGACAACAAUUGUUCUGAACAAAGCGAUUCUAGUCAGCCUGAUCGAUGACUACAAGAAAGGAAAGCUGAGCUGGGAUGAAUUUGCUCUACUGGUCAAAAAAACUCAUGAAAAUCUUACAGGGAAACCAGCCAGAAGAAGGGAGAUUCCUGAUUAUCCCAGAUAUGAAGAUUUUUUCUAUUCUAAUCCACAAGAAUGUUUGCCACCAUUUGUUAAUCAACCACCAAUAAGUGCUACAUUAUAAUCUGAGAUUUUUUCUAUUCUAAUCCUCAAGAAUGUCUGCCACCAUUUGUUGAUCAACCACUAACCUGUGGUUUUAUAUUUGUGUCUGUUUAUCUUGUGUUUUCUGUGUUUCUAAUCUUGUUUCACACA